UCAAUGACAACAACAGCAAAUAUUAGACGGGAGCUUGGUGAGGAAAUCAUCGAAUGAAAACUUAACCAACUUCAGUAUUUUUAGUUUUGACUUGUAAGGAUGACGACAGACGUACUUACCUUACCUCUAGAAGGAAUUAUUGGAUUUAAUGGGACUGUUCCUAAUGGCCUCAAAGUUCACUCAGAUCGUCAGCACUUAGUGUACCCACUUGGCUGCAACGUGGUCAUUGAAGACAUCACAAAGGAAGGGAAUGGGGUCCCAGCAAUCCUCUCUGAACACACUGAUGAUGUCACAUGUCUGGCCAUUUCCAACUUAGACGGCAGAUACAUCGCAUCAGGACAGACCACUCACAUGGGUUUCAAGGCUACUAUUAUUAUUUGGGACUAUGAAACAAAGAGGCCGAUUCAUAAAAUGGCACUGCACAAAGUGAAAGUUGAAGCAUUGGCCUUUACGAAGAAUGAUCGUUACUUGAUUUCCCUUGGUGGACAAGACGAUGGAUCAGUUGUUAUUUGGGAUGUUGAGACUGGUGAAGCACUCUGUGGUUCUCCUGCUCAACACAAAAGUGCCGGAAAUACGUACUGUCUGAAUACGUCCAAUGUGUCGGACAAGAUCUUUGUCACUGGUGGAGACAACACCUUGCGCGUCUGGGAGAUCGAUAGUGCCAACAGGAAGAUACGUCCCACUGAUGUGAACAUGGGGGGUGUCAAGCGGAUUAUCCAUUGUAUCCAGGUAGUUGAUGAGUUCAGCCCAGCAUUUAUCUUCUGUGGCACCACAACAGGUGACAUCCUUGCCAUCAAUAUGGAUUCUUACCGCCUGACCUAUGUAGUCCCAGAGAAAGAGAAAUUCUGCCAAGGCAUCACAGCACUGGCCUUUGUCCGGGCUGAUAAUGCCAUUAAAAAGAAGGAGGGCAACAAAGAAACAUUGCCCUUGUACGAGUUUGUGAUUGGAGCUGGCGAUGGAACCCUUGGCCAGUACAAUAUAAAAGUCACGAUAGUUGGCAACAAAAUCAAGAGUUCUUUUUCACACAAAGCAUGUGUAAAACCAUGGAAGGAUACAUUACUGUUGACCAAAACCAGUCCAUUAACUUCUAUUGCAUUGAGAGGAGCUGGCCAUCAGUUUUUUGUUGGACGUGCCAAUUCCCAGCUGUACAGAUUUAACUACUCAGAAUUGACCUGUGAACUGAAAAAGACUUGUCAUUCCAAACGUAUCAAUGACAUGUUGUUUCCUCAUCACUCAUCUGAUCUGCUCAUAACCUGCCAACAUGAAGAAAUUCGUAUAUGGAACCUGCAGAAGACCAAGGAAAUAGUUCGACACCGAGUGGCAAAUAUGACCUGCAACGCUCUUGAACUCACUGAAGAGGGUUCAACUAUUCUAAGUGCAUGGGGUGAUGGCAAGAUUCGGGCUUUUGGGAUCGACAAAACUCAGACACACCUGUAUGAAAAGUUUGUAAUCAACGACGCGCACCACAAAGGCGUGACUGCCAUUGCAUGCACACGUGGUGGAAACCGGAUCAUCAGUGGAGGCGGAGAGGGACAGGUGAGAAUCUGGCAGAUUAGGAGAACCAUGGAUACCCGCGGAAAGCCGCUCUACACUUCGGAACUGGUGGUUAACAUGAAGGAACACAAGGGAACGGUAUCUACCAUCAAGAUGCAUCCCAACGACCGGGAGUGCGCGUCAGCCAGCACAGAUGGGACAUGCAUCAUCUGGGAUCUAGAGCGACAAGUCCGAAACCAGGUUAUGUUUUCCAACACACUGUUUUACUGUCUGUCUUAUGGUGGGCCAAACUUGUGUCACAUUAUUACGAGUGGGACGGACCGCAAGAUUUCCUACUGGGAGACUUUGGAUGGGUCACUCAUUCGAGAACUUGAUGGAGCGGUAACCGGAGCAGUGUUGGCUAUGGACAUGUCACCUGAUGGGCAGUUCUUUGUCACUGGAGGAGAGGAAAAGCUUGUUAAGGUGUGGAAGUAUAAUGAAGGGGAAGUAACCCAUGUUGGAGGUGGUCACAGCUCCAGCAUAGUGAAAAUAUGCAUCUGUCCAUGCCAGCGACAGAUUGUUAGUGCAGGAUCAGAUGGCGCCAUACUUAUUUGGAGAUUUCCUGAUAUGUCUGGAACAGGCGAACUUUCAAGAGUAGCAUAAGAAACCUGUGCAGUGUGAGAUUGGACCUUCAAGAAUACAACAAAACUGCAACAUUUUAUUCCUGAGCUUGUGGAGCUCACUCACCCAUCCCUCAAAAAUGAAAAAAGUUAAAAACAUUGGGAUUUGGACAGUCUUUGGUUUAUAGAAGAAAUAUUAGUAUUUACAUGUGGAACCAAAUUUUACAUAUUUAUUUAUGUCAUUACAUGUAUACACAGCAUUGUUUUUUUGUUUUUUCUUCAUAAAAAGAGUUGUAUUAAACUGUUCACUUUUAACAAGUUGAAAUAGAUGUGAUGUAAUUGGUAUAAAUUCUGACGCUGUUCUGUACUGAAAAUGUACUCAUUUUAGCACAUAUAUGUAUUUUACUAUAAUGUUAGAAUAUAACAAAGAGCUGUUGAAUUGGUCCAACCAGAAAGAAUACAAGUGAAAGUAUAAAUACUGCUGCUAAAAUAAUAGAUUAUAGGGCUAAAAUGAUACAUGUUGCUAUUAAAAUGAGUGCAUUUAUCCUCACUGAAGUUAUAGUUGAGAGAUUAAGAAUAAUGUGUUUAGUUUGCAAUUGUUUUUAUUUAUUAUUAAUGGUGAUUUUUAAAAAACUUUUUUUUUUGGUUAUUGCUCAUAAUUAACUGUGCUCAUUAACUUGUAGAAUUCCUAAAUAAGUUAACUUUUUGUGUGUCAAAAUAUAUAAAUCAUUCCAUGUCCAGAAAUGUGCAUAUUACCAACAAAUGGGAAACACAUUUGGUAUCAUGGCAAACAUUGUUUUGUAUGUCAAAAGGCAAUGAUCUAUUAAAAUGCCAAAAUCUAGGGUUUUUUUUUUAAUCUUCCAAUCUCCAUGGUAUGGAUUGUCUUCCCUGACUGGUCAUUCUCAUAAUAGUCCUAGGGUUGAACAGGUUUGGCUCCUAACUGACCUUAACUUGACUCAUCCAGGGGGCCAUUUGGUCCCUGAAACUCUACAUAUUAUUUCAACCCUUAGUCUAGGAAAAAACGUAACAAAUAUUGCAGUUUGGGAGCAGUACAUAUCAUUUGAUAAACUAUGAUGAAUUGUAGUUUUUAUUGAUUGUAAAAAAAACUAUUGUUUAAUAUAGCUUUAGAUACCUGCCACGUGUAUGAAACAUAUUUCAAUCACAAAAGACACAUUAUAUGUUUCACUCUGACAUUAAUUGUACAUUUUUUCUGCUCCAUACGUCUGUGCUUAAAGACAUCUUGUGAUAUUUAUAAACACUGUUAUUGAAUUUAUUUAUGCUUUUUAUUACCUCUAUUAUAUAUGUAUGUGUCACAAAUAAAAAUAUGUAAUAUUUUA